GAGAUCUUAUGGUCUUAUUUCCUUUAUCAAUCGAGACACAUCUCUCUCCCUCUCGUCCUCGAUCUGUGGCUCCCGGCGAUGGCGACGCGACAGCUUCCCCGCCUCCUGAAAACCCUAGAUCCCUUCCGCGCCCCGCUGGGGACGAGGGCGAUCGGCUCUCUCGUCAGCGAUCACACCGCCAAAUGGAUGCAGGACACCCGCAAGAAAUCACCAAUGGAGUUGAUCAAUGAAGUGCCUCCUAUAAAAGUUGAAGGACGGAUUGUCGCUUGUGAAGGACAUAGUAAUCCUGCACUAGGCCAUCCAAUAGAGUUUAUUUGCCUUGACCUAGAAGCACCAGCUGUAUGCAAAUACUGUGGCCUUCGUUAUGUUCAAAACCAUCAUCACUAAGACGACAGAAUCCAGCCGAAGCGCUGAACCUUGAGUGUUCUUUUAUGAUCCAAGAUUUAUGCUGGCUGAAAAUGUUCAUGCUACCUUGAUUUACUCGACGUAUCAUAAGAAAGCUGAGCGAGUGCUUAGCUUUCCACAGCUUAAACUGGUUUAUGUUGUUAUUACAGUUGUUUCUUUUGGAGUGUGUAAGUGGCUCCUUGAAAUGCUUAUUCUCAAUAACCUUAUGUAGCAGAGACUAGCGUGGAUUUGCCAUUAGUUAAGGUAUUAUCAUUAUAAGCAUCUCACUUCGCAAA